AUGUUUGCAAUAUGGAUCACUACUCUUUUUCUUCUUGGUGCAGCCAGAGGAAGGGAAGUUUGCUACAGAAGGCUCGGAUGCUUUACAGAUAGCCCCCCUUGGUCUGGGAUCCCAGGGAGACAACUGGCAGGCUUGCCCAGCUCUCCAGAAGCUGUGAACACCAAUUUCCUCCUUUACACUAGAGACAACACCAUGAAAUACCAAAAAAUUUCUGCUACAAAUCCUUCAACUAUCAAAGCUUCAAAUUUCCGAACACACAGGAAAACUCGCUUCAUUAUACACGGCCACCUUGCUGGAGCAGACAUCCCCUGGAUAACAAAUAUAUGCAGGCUCAUGUUUCUCACUGAAGAUGUGAACUGCAUUUUGACCGACUGGAGAGGUGGCUCUAGUGGUUUGUACACUGAAGCCGUUAACAACGUCCGCAUCGUGGGGGCUGAGCUGGUGUAUCUGGUGAACCUUCUUGAGAAAGACUAUGGCUACUCUCCUGCUAGCAUUCAUUUCAUCGGCCAUAGUCUUGGAGCACAUGCUGCAGGGGAGGCAGGGAGAAGGAAACCUGGCAUUGGAAGAAUAACAGGUUUAGAUCCAGCUGGGCCCCUUUUCCAGUAUACUCCCACAACGGUUAGGCUGGAUCCUUCAGACGCAGAAUUUGUUGAUAUAAUUCAUACACACGCAGGUCAUCUUUUUUUUGACUUUGCUCCAGGGAUUCUUCAGACUUGCGGCCACCUGGAUUUUUACCCAAAUGGUGGGAAGAAGAUGCCAGGAUGCAAGCAGCUUCGUGUACCUCCUGCAACUCGGAAUAUCAACGACCUUAUGAGAGAAUACAGAUCUGUUGGAUGUGGACAUAAGAGAAGUCUCCAGUAUUAUGCUGAGAGCAUUAUCAUUCCCAAUGGAUUCGUUGGGUAUCGGUGUGAAACAUACAAAGCUUUUGUACUGGGAGACUGCUUCCCAUGUCCAAAUGAAGGAUGCCCACUGAUGGGUCAUUAUGCUGAUAAGUUUCCACAUAAAACUGAAAAAGAACAGCAAAAGGUUUAUUUAAACACAGGGCCCUCCCCUCCAUAUGCUCGCUGGCGAAAAGAGAUACAUGUCAGAGUAUCUGCAACAGAAACCAUGAUGGGAAAUAUAGAUGUAGCCUUGACUGGAACUGAUGGGAUCAGGAAAAAAUACACAAUUGACAAGGGAAUUUUCAAACCAGGCAACACAUACUUAAACUAUAUUGAUACAGAAAUUUCUGGGAACAUUUCAAAAGUUGAGUUUCUCUGGAAAAAUCAUCUGGAUCAUGUACACGGAGGUUGCAUGGGAGCUGAAGAAGUCAGAAUAAUAUCUGGGGAAAACGGAAAUAUGUCUGUGUUCUGCAGCUGUGGAACUGUGCAGCCGAGCAUGUGGCAAGCCCUGGCGCUUUGCUGA